AUGCACCGCUUGAUGGGGGUCAACGCCACCGCCGCCGCCGCCGCCGCCGCCGGGCAGCCCAAUGUCUCCUGCACGUGCAACUGCAAACGCUCUUUGUUCCAGAGCAUGGAGAUCACGGAGCUGGAGUUCGUGGAGAUCACCAUCAUCGUGGUGGUGGUGAUGGUGAUGGUGGUGGUGAUCACGUGCCUGCUCAGCCACUACAAGCUGUCCGCGCGCUCCUUCAUCGGCCGGCACAGCCAGGGCCGGAGGAGGGAAGACGCCCUGUCCUCGGAAGGAUGCCUCUGGCCCUCAGAGAGCACUGUAUCCGGCAGUGGGAUCCCCGAGCCUCAGGUCUACGCCCCGCCGAGGCCCACGGACCGCCUGGCCGCGCCGCCCUUCGCCCAGCGGGACCGCUUCCACCGCUUCCAGCCCACCUACCCCUACCUGCAGCAUGAGAUCGACCUGCCGCCCACCAUCUCGCUGUCGGACGGGGAGGAGCCGCCGCCCUACCAGGGCCCCUGCACCCUCCAGCUGCGGGACCCCGAGCAGCAGCUGGAGCUCAACCGCGAGUCGGUGCGCGCGCCCCCAAACAGGACCAUCUUCGACAGCGACCUGAUGGACAGCGCCGUGCUGGGCGGCCCCUGUCCCCCCAGCAGCAACUCGGGCAUCAGCGCCACGUGCUACGGGGGCGGCGGGCGCAUGGAGGGGCCGCCCCCCACCUACAGCGAGGUCAUCGGGCACUACGCCAGCGCCGCCGCCUUCCCGCACCAGCCGGGCAGCGGGCCGGCCGCCCUGCUGGAGGGGGCCCGGCUGCACCCCGCGCACCUCGCCGCCUGGAGCCCCGAGGAGAAGCAGAAGGGACACCCCCUCUAG